GAUAUCUUCUCGAUAGUCCGAAAAAUUUGUGUUAUAUGAUAUUCUUUUUGAAUUCUAGAAACGUCACUUUUUAAAGUAAAGAAUAAAAGCGCAUCGGCGCUCACCAUUUCCCAAUUUUAUCCAAUGCAUAAUGUAAACAGGAACAAGUAAACAACUGAAAGGAAGAAUUUUUAUUUUACGAAAGAACGUGUUUGGUUUUUAAGGCUUUGUAAUUCUAUUAUGUACCCCUUCCAUAUUCAGGAAAAAAAGAUAUAGAUAACAAGACAUGCCACGUUCCAACAGAAGUCGUAGCACUCAGUGCGGUAGAGAGGCCCAUCGGAACAGAACUCGAAGCCGGCACAGGUCCUCCUCACGCAGGAAUAGCCGACGUAAACUGAAGGAGAAGAAUUUCUGGUCCGCAUUAUGUAGCAUGGUAGCCAUCGUCAUCAUGUGCACUUCACUUGCUGAGCCACGAUGGAUCUCACUGCACGGGGGAGGGUGUCGGCUACGUGAUUGUAUCCCUCUCGAUCACAUUGGAACUUAUCAGUUCUUCUAUAGUGGCCAGUUCGUAGAUUCUUAUGAUUUUACCUGUCAAGAUGGAAUGUCAGGGAGUCACUUAGUUUACAAGUAUGGAGAGGAUUCAUUUAAUUUGAUGGACAACUGUGUGACCCAUAAAGCUGUAAAGCUGAUGAAGACAAUCAUUUCCUUCACAUUUCUGGCCAUGCUGUGCACACUGUGCGCAUUUAUCCUGGAUCUGGUGGGACCCACACAGCGGUCCCUGAAACUCAUACACAGAAAUGCCAUCUUUAGUAUCAUAGCAGUCAUUCUUUGUGUGAUCAUAGACUUGUUCUGCUACUGGCUAGUGUCGGAGGUGCUCUUCCUGCAGAAAAUGACCAAACUCCACACAGGAAGUAAGGUGACUGUGACCUUCGACAUCAGUUUCUACCUAAUCGCCGCGGCCGGCGGGAUGGGAGUGUUUGCCACCGCAUUAAACUGUUUACGGAGAUACCCAGUGAACGAGGACGACCAAUCGCACUCUCUGUUAGAGGCAGAGCACGCCAUUGACUGCGUCCCCCCAGAACCCAUCGGUGGCUUGCCGGACAACCACCCCCCUCCUCCACCUUACUCUGCAUAACAUAGUUACACUCUGUCAAACAGCCCUGUGAAAACUAACACCCCCUCCCCAAGCAGAUUUAUCCUGUUUUUCUAUGUGCAUGUGAAUACAUGUAUACUGAUAUCUCAUUGAAGGUUCUGUGACAGUUGGAUCGAUACAGGCUAUGCAUUUAUUUCUUUUUUU